GAGGGGGGUCUACUCAGGGUAUUGAUAUUGAUACAAAUAUUUCUGAGCCUGAUACUCACUGUAUCCAAAACUAAGAGGGUUAACUCCCAGGAGUACAAAGUGCUGUUUGUCUUUGAUAAAAGGGAAAGUUCAGUUUCAUUUCUUCUUCAGUUGCUGUUCCUGCUCUCAGUGAUGGCGGCUGCUGAUCUGAGAGACGAGCUGAGCUGCUCCAUCUGCCUGAGCAUUUAUACUGAUCCUGUAACCCUGCUGUGUGACCAUAACUUCUGCCGGGGCUGUAUUGGGAGGGUGCUGGGCACCCAGGAGGGAUCUGGACCUUAUUCCUGCCCUGAAUGCAGACAGGAGUUUAAGGAGCGCCCUGCCCUGCCCAGGAACAGAACUCUGGGGAACAUAGCAGAGCGAUUCCUUUCUGCUCAGCCGGAGCCGGGGGAGACUGGGAUUCCCUGCACCUACUGUGACUCCCAUGUACCUGCUGUUAAAUCCUGUCUCCUGUGUGAGGCUUCUCUGUGUAAUAAGCACCUGAGGAUGCACAGCAAGUCAGCGAAACACGUCUUAAUAGAACCCACAAUGGACAUGGGGGACAAGAAAUGCUCAGUCCAUGAUGAACCCCUGAAAUAUUACUGCUGGGAGGAGUCUGUCUGUAUCUGUGUAUAUUGCUGGGUGUCUGAGGAGCACAGGGGCCACAGGGUGGAGCUGCUGAGUGAGGCCUCUGAGAAGAAAAAAGAGACACUGAGGAAAGUUGUGGAGAAACUGAGGCCAGAGAGAGAGGAGACUGAGAGAGGAGCCCAGAGACUGCAGGAGCGCAGGAGAGAAGUGGCAGAAAAAGCAGCCGGUGAGACAGAGAGAGUCACUGCGCUGUUUAGAGACAUCAGGGAACAGCUGGAAGCCCUAGAGAAGAGACUCCUGAGUGACAUCUCCAGCCAGAAAGAGAAGCUCUCACUCACACUCACUGAUCUGAUGGAGCAGCUGGAAAUAAAGAAGGACGAGCUGUCCAGGAAGAUCUGUCACAUUGAGGAGCUGUGCAACAUGGCAGAUCCACUCACUGUCCUACAGGAACGGGAAUCACAUGGAGCUGCAGAUAAUGAGGGGGGCAGAGAGAGACAUGAUAUAAAGGUCCCUGCUGUAGGGGAUCUGGAUGUGGAUCUGAUCUCAGAGACAUUACUCACAGGCUUAGCUGCCAUUGGGACUGGGGUAAAUUCAAAAUUAGCCCAUCAUUUGGGUACAUCAACCAGUGGAGGAGAAGGCUCAGAACUUUUUGUGUCAUUGAUAAAAACAAUACCAAGUAUUUCCCCAUUAAAUUCUAUUACUAACAGUAGAUUUGACCCUGUAUAUGGGCAGGAGGCUACAGACCUGUUACUGGAUAUAAACACGGCUCAUAAUCGUGUAUCUGUAUCAGGGGACAGGAAAUCUGCUUCCUACUCACUAACAGAACUACAUUACCCACAAUCCCCAGAGAGAUUUCAGUUGGUGCCUCAGGUUUUAAGCAGCAGGAGUUUCCCCUCAGGGCGACAUUACUGGGAAGUGGAGGUCAGUGAAUCAGGGGGCUGGGGGGUAGGGGUGGCCUAUCCCAGUAUAGAGAGGAGAGGGGGUCAGUCCUGUAUUGGGGAUAAUAACAAGUCCUGGUGUUUGUACAGAUGGUAUAAUAACAGAUAUUCAGUGGAACAUGACAGUAAAAGGACACAUUUACCCCACAUCCAUUCCUGCAGGAGAAUCAGGAUCUCAUUGGACUAUGAGGCCGGACGUCUGUCCUUUUAUGAGCUGAGUGAGCCAAUCAGACACUUACACACCUUCACUGUCACAUUCACUGAGCCCCUUCAUGCUGCAUUCAGGGUCGGGUGGGAUUCCUGGAUGAGAAUCGUUAGUUAGUAUCUAUGGCACUUUAUUACCGUAUAUACUCGAGUAUAAGCCGACCCGAGUAUAAGCCGAGGUACCUAAUUUUACCUACAAAAACUUGUAACACUUAUUGACUCGAGUAUAAGCCUAGGGGUGAGAAAUGCAUCACAGGGUGAACAGCGCAAAGCAGGGUGCCGAGACGCACAUGGGCAGAGAGUGCAGCCUCAUACCCCCUUAAUGGACACACAAGUUGUAGUGACUAUAGAAUGAAAAUUGAGGGGACAAUGAUGAUAAUGUGUUUUUCUGGGCUGCUCUGCAGGACUGUACUUUUAUAUGUAAAACUACAGGUCAAGUAGUGGCAAUUAGUAAGGAGCCCAUUCACAUGCCAGCCACUGGCACAGCAUAAAUGCAGGCACAUGAGCUUGCCCAGUCAGCUUGCAAUCCUGCAACGUGUGUAGCCCAUUAUUAGAGGGAUGCUCUCUCCAAGCAUCCUCCCUCCUGCUCGUCUCUUCU